CUUUCUCUCUCCUCUCCCUCCAUUGAAGAAGCAAGCAGCAGGCAGCACACCCGAAGGAUAAGGCAUGCGUCGUCGCCAUUGAAGUUCUCCCGAUAUCGCGUUUGCAGAUAACGGACGGACGGAGACGGAGAAGAGGAAUGGCCGCCGCCGCGAGUGCUCUGAGCCUGAUAGGAUCGUUCAGGGGCCUCUCCCUGUGCUCGAGCUCUUCCUCCUCCUUCGCCAGGGGCGACGCCGCGCCCGUGACCGCCGGCGCCUCGAGGCUCUCCAUCUCGCGCCCGGAGAAGUUCCCGCCGGCCACCAUCGAGUGCGCGCACAAGAAAGGGGCCGGCAGCACCAAGAACGGCCGCGACUCCAAAGGCCAGAGGCUGGGCGUCAAGAUCUACGGCGACCAAGCCGCGAAGCCCGGGGCUAUUAUCGUGCGCCAACGUGGCACUAAGUUCCAUCCUGGAAAUAAUGUGGGACUUGGCAAGGACCACACCAUCUUCUCUCUGAUCGAUGGACUAGUCAAAUUUGAGAAGUUUGGGCCCGACAAGAAGAAGAUAAGCGUAUACCCAAGAGAAGUUCAGCCCGAGAACCCGAAUAGCUACAGAGCACGAAAGAGAGAGUACUUCAGGAUGCAGCGUGAACGGAAAAAAGCUAGAAGGGAAGGCAUUGUAGCUUCACCCCAGCUAGUGUUAGCUUCAGCUGAUGAUACUGCAGAAAGCAAUCCAAAUUGUUGAUACUGCGACACUUUAAUUCCUUUUGCAAUCAAGGCUUUCUUUCAAGCUGUACAAUGAUCAAAAGUUUAACUAAUCAAAAUUCCUUUGUUUAUGAUCU